AUGGCGCUGAUCACUGCCAAGGAAGCCAAUGAAGCGCAGUACCCCACGACACAGCGCGCAUCUAUGGAUGAGGCUCUAAUGCCAGGAUUGGUUUCCAAGGCACUGGACCGACAAUGCAGGAAGGGAUUUUGCGAUUUCGUGGAUGCGGUAUUUCCGAACAUUUAUUACACUUACAGCACCCGGGUGGAACUUCCUUGGUUCGAGAUCGCUCAGUACGACCGAGGCGCAGGAAUUGCAAUGGAAUGGGGGAUUCUUGCCAGUCAGGAAAUGUACGGCCGCGGACUGCGUUAUCUGGUUCAGGCUGUAAAGAACCCUGCUACUGUUGGCACGGAAGAUACCCUCGGAGCCGCAAUCCUGCUAGGGAUUUAUGAAUUGAUGAAUGCAACUGGGCAGAACUCAUGGCUGCUGCAUUCACGUGGAAUCUCACAUCUCCUGCGUCUAAGGGGGGCGAAGAAUCACGCGAGUGGGUAUGGCCGUACCCUGCUGUUAUCCUUUCGAGGACUUUUAGUUUACGAGGCCUUCACUCGCGGGGAGGCAUGUUUCCUGGAAAGCGAGGAGUGGAGGUCAACUCUUCCAGAGACCCUAGAAGACGAGGAACGGCGUGGCACAAGCUGUGGUCUGGGCCAGCUCAUGGACUAUGCAUUCAACGAGAUAGCUCGGUGCCCUGGAUUCCUUGCCAAGACCAAAUCCCUAGUCGCCUCCUCGCGAACCACCGAGGCGGAGAGAGAGGAUUUAACGGGUGCAAUCAACAGCAGCCGAGAGGUCCUGGGUGAUGUGGAAAUCCAGAUAAUGGCUGGGGUUAAGGCUGAUCAUGAAGGGAAUAAGAGAGAGUCUCGGGCUUUCUUUGGAUUGAUUCCCCCUUCUAUCAAAGAUGCAUCGGUGAAAUUCACGCUUGAGGGGGUUCAUUCAGGGAUCGCACUUCUCCGGCAGUUGUCAGUUGUGCUAAUGUCCGAUCGGAGUCGACAAAAAGCAGUAACACCGUGGUUAAAACUCGGUCCCUGUAAGAAUGAGUGGAAGCUCAUUAAGAACGCUGGAGAAAUUGCCCAGGCCCAAAAAGAUACUCGACUGCACCCAACAGGUCCACAGCAACAGGGCAGCGGGAAGAUCUGGCAUGACCGGAUCGCCUUAGCAAUGGGGAUGCCAGAAAUGGGUUGA